GAGCAGCUCGUGCGUCCUGACGCACCGGCAGGGCUGCAGCCAUGGGAGCCUCCCAGUCGCACUCCGAGCACCAGUACCAGGAGCUGAUGGGGAAAACCGGGUUUUCACUGGAGCAGAUUAAAAACCUCCACAGCCGAUUUCAGCUUCUGAGUGGCAAUGAAGAGACGAUAAGCAGAGAGAACCUGAACAGCAUACCUGGUCUCGCUGAAAACCCCAUCAAAAAGCAAAUCAUCGAGGCGUUCUUUGAUAAAAGAAACCAACAUAACAAUGAAACUGGAUCCUACGAGGACAUCGGGUUUGAGCAGUUCCUCAUGGUCAUGUCCCACUUCCGUCCUCCGAAUCCGAAAACCAAAGAGGAGGAGAGGGAGGCGAUAAGGAAGGAGAAACUCCACUUUUUGUUCAACAUGCACGACACAGACAGUGACGGCAUCAUUACUCUGGACGAGUACAGGAAGGUUGUUGAGGAGCUUCUGUCAAAGAGCGGCACCAUCGGGCAGGACGCUGCCAAGGCGAUAGCAGAUGCUGCCAUGUUGGAGGUGGCGAGCACGAACGUCCCUCAAAUGGGUCCCGAUGAUUUCUAUGAAGGGAUUACAUUUGAGCAUUUUGAACAGAUGUUGCAACGUCUUGAGCUGGAGUCCAGGAUGCACAUCCGUUUUCUGGAUGCCAACACCGCCACAAUGCAUUGUGGGAAUGCAACCAUGUGAAGGACUAAUGUUGUUCUAAGGAAUUCUUUAUGUUGCUGCUGUUUUUAGCAGAACUAUUUCUGUCCUUAAUGGAGGUUAAGCCAAAUACUUGUAAUAUGCACUAAUAUAUUUUUAAACUGAAGAAAACAACUCAUUUUAAAGUUUGUUUAUAGUAAUAAUCUCAUCUGUAAGCUGCUUGGACAUACACUGUAUAACUACACACUGGAUGUAUUUAUACUUAACACUGGGCAAUCUGUUUCCAUGUUUUAUGAGCUUUAUGCAAACAUUUUACAUAAAUAAAGC